GGUAUUGUUAAGACUUGUAUCAAGUUACUUUGGCUUCAGAUGCUGUAUUAUUUGUUUUUUUCCAAAUUGAUCCUUGCCUUGUAUGGCUUGUAUGAAACCCCUACUUCCCCACCAUUUUUGUUCUCUGCCAGUUAAAAUUCACUGUAGUUUUGUGGUAGGGAAUCUGGUCUUAUGGAACCGGCCUAAAAGUGCGAACAAUUGCUGAAGCCUUCUAAAUUCUCUUCAGAUUACUGGAAAUGAAGUCCUAUGGCAGCGUGUACAAGGCUAUUCACAAAGAGACUGGUCAGAUUGUUGCGAUUAAGCAAGUUCCUGUGGAAUCAGACCUGCAGGAGAUAAUCAAAGAAAUCUCUAUAAUGCAACAAUGCGACAGCCCUCAUGUAGUCAAAUAUUAUGGCAGUUAUUUUAAGAACACAGACUUGUGGAUCGUUAUGGAGUACUGUGGGGCUGGUUCUGUGUCUGAUAUCAUUCGAUUACGAAAUAAAACGUUAACAGAAGAUGAAAUAGCUACAAUAUUACAGUCAACACUAAAGGGACUGGAAUACCUUCAUUUUAUGAGAAAAAUACACCGAGAUAUCAAGGCAGGAAAUAUUUUGCUGAAUACAGAAGGACAUGCAAAACUUGCAGAUUUUGGGGUAGCGGGUCAACUUACAGAUACGAUGGCCAAACGAAAUACAGUGAUAGGAACACCAUUUUGGAUGGCUCCAGAAGUGAUUCAAGAAAUUGGAUACAACUGUGUGGCAGACAUCUGGUCAUUGGGAAUAACGGCUAUAGAAAUGGCUGAGGGAAAGCCCCCAUAUGCUGACAUCCAUCCAAUGAGGGCAAUCUUCAUGAUUCCCACCAACCCCCCUCCUACAUUUCGAAAGCCAGAACUGUGGUCCGAUAACUUCAUGGAUUUCGUGAAGCAGUGUCUUGUAAAGAGCCCUGAGCAGAGAGCCACAGCCACUCAACUCCUACAGCACCCGUUUGUCAAGAGUGCCAAAGGAGUGUCGAUACUGCGGGACUUAAUUAACGAGGCCAUGGAUGUGAAGCUGAAACGCCAGGAAGCCCAGCAGCGGGAGGUGGACCAGGACGAUGAGGACAAUUCAGAAGAGGAUGAGAUGGACUCUGGCACGAUGGUUCGAGCAGCAGGUGAUGAGAUGGGCACCGUCCGGGUGGCCAGCACAGUGACCGAUGGAGCCAGCACUAUGAUCGAGCAUGGGGACACGUUGCCGUCACAGCUGGGCACCAUGGUGAUCAACACAGAGGAUGAGGAAGAGGAAGGGACUAUGAAAAGAAGGGAUGAGACCAUGCAGCCUGCAAAACCAUCGUUCCUUGAAUACUUUGAACAAAAAGAAAAGGAAAAUCAGAUCAAUAGCUUCGGCAAAAGUGUACCUGGCCCCCUGAGGAACUCCUCAGAUUGGAAAGUGCCGCAGGAUGGAGACUAUGAGUUUCUUAAGAGUUGGACAGUAGAGGACCUUCAGAAGAGGCUCCUGGCCCUCGACCCCAUGAUGGAGCAAGAGAUCGAAGAGAUCCGGCAGAAGUACCAGUCUAAGAGGCAGCCAAUCCUGGAUGCCAUCGAGGCUAAGAAGCGGCGGCAGCAGAACUUCUGAGAAGGCCCGGCCAGGAGGGCCCCAGCCUGCGCACCAGGCCUUCGCUGAACCCUGGCUGCUCGCCACUCAGGCUUGUCAGCCAACACUUCCGCCCUGUCAUUUUUCCACAGCACCUUCGCCUCCGUGAACUCAGGAAGUGCACCAGUGGGAAGGGCUGCCUGCCGUCAGCGCGCCAUCUUGUGUAUGUAUUUAAAUCGAUCAGUUAUAUUAUUUCAAAGGAUUCAUAUCAGCGCUUUUAAACUCAGAGUUUUUAACCCCAGGAACAGAGACUCCUAGAUGAGUGAUAGCUGGGAAAGUGUUACAUGUUGUCUUGUCUUUCUUCUUCCAAUAGCUUUCGAUUGUUCUUUCUGGAAAACUUUUUAAAAAUAUAUAAAUAUGCACAUAUAUAUAAAUUAUAACUGGAUUCCCCACUGAGUGUGGUGGUGGCAUCUCUGUACAGGUACAGUUUUAAACAGUUGGCCUCUUUUCUGUAAGAUUAUGGUACUGUGGGACACGAGGGCAGGGGACAGCGGGAGGCUGUUGGGGUCACUCAGCUCCCAGGGGCCAACCUCACCCUCUUGCAGGGCUGCAAUUAAAAAUUAGGUUUGGGCCAGUUCUCUCCCCAUGGUUUGAGCCUUGGGUGGGUCAUCUCUGGCUUCUGGAGCCACUGACCAUGUCCACGGGAAAGCCUUGAGAGUUUGUGUUUACUUUUUGAGUCCCAGGAGAAGCCUGGCACCCUCUUUGUAAACUGCCCCUUGUGGCUUCAAUGCCUUUCAUCCAUUUCCACUCUCCCGACCGCCUAAAGUCACAGCACAGAUACUGCCCAGUGCCUUAAGAGGAGACGUGACCCCAUGCAGGAACGGGCCUGCCAGGUCCUCUCAGCAAACACGGGGCUGUGUGCAGGCCACAGAAGAGAAGGUGUCUUCGGACUUCUCAUUGAUCAUGUGAAGAUCGCACAGGGGCAUGCAUUUUGCUCCGCAUUCCUUACAGACAUGGGUAGAUGGCAUUGCUUUUGGUGAUCAUAUUCCAAUAUGUGACUGUUUUCUUUUUUUACUUUACUGCUGAGGGGUCUGGAAAGGAUACCUGAAUAUCAGACUAAGAUCUGUUCUCCAGGAGGCUCCAUCUGGGCCCACAGAAUGCCACAACUGGAAGGGACCGUAGGCAUCUUCUGGCCCGAAUGAGGCUUGGAGAGGGGAAGUGACAUGGUGACAAGAUCACAAAGCAAGCUGAAGAGCUGAGACUAGACCAGAGCUCCUCACCCCUGGGCCCUGAUCCAAGCAGCCCCGUCCAAGGGGAGAAACCUGUGUCAGUUUUGGUAAAGUUUCCCCAAGAGGCCUACAAGGCAGACUUGGUCUUGCUUGGUCCCUUCAGAGGGCGACUGGCUCUGAGACCCCCAGGGGGAGCCUGAUGGUUGAGUCUCGGCCCUUCCGGAGCCCUG